AGGAAAAAAAAAAAAAAAGAGAGAGAGAGAAAAAAAUGAAUGGGAAAAGAGAAGGAGGCAGGGAGGGUAGGAAAGCGGAGAGCCGCUUCUCCCUUCGCAAGGAUGCUCGAGGAUGCCCAGGAAAAGAAGCAGGGCAGUGGGCAGCCCGCAGGGGCAGGAGCAGGAGCGGGGUCCGGGCCAGCCCAGCGCUGCCCCCCCCCAGGGAAGGGGUUUCCUUUGUGCAGGGGGAGCCGCCGAGCUCUGCCCGGAGUCCUGGGUUGCCCGAAGUGCUGCCAACUGGGGCCAACUUGGGAGAGUCGUCGCCCGCCCUCCUCCCGACGAGGCUCUGGCCGCAGCCCCACGAGCGAAUGGGGGAAAGGAGAAGGAGCGUCUCCCAGGAGCUCCCCCAGCUGCGCUGCAUCGCCCCAGCCAGCCUGAAGGGAGAAGCGAGCGAGGAGCAGCCCCAGCAGGCGCCAAGCAGCUCAGCCCGGCUCUCCUCUCCUCCUCCCCAGCCUGCCAGCUCCUUCUCCCUUCAAAACUUUCCCCGGUGUUGCGAGCAGGGCUCUGCCGGCUGCUUCUCCCCCGCUGCUCUCCGGCUCCUCCCGCCUCGCAGGCGCUUUGCAGCCGGGGGGAGAUCCGCGCCGCUCCCCCCCCGACGGCUGCCGGAGCCCCCCCGGGCAAGCAGCGGGGGCUGCAGCUGGAAGGGAGCCGCCGAGGAGGAUGGAAGAGCUGCAAGAAGUUGGCUGACUCCCGGCCGGGUGCUCGCCCCGAAAGGCGACCGUCCCCAGCACGAAGUUGCCGGCGGCGUCCCCGCUCCCCUGGCAGCCCCGGGGGGCUCCGCUCCUCUGCCCCCCCCGACGGGGCGUCCGGGGGCACCGAGCCCCGGGCUCGCCUCAGCCCUGCCUGCCAGCUCUGCCCAGCACGCCGCGUUUUCCUUCCCCUUUGGCUUUCCAAUUAUUAUUUAUUUAUUUAUUUAUUUAUUUUUCCCCUCCCCUCUUCACCAUUCCAUUCCCCCUUCGGUUUAAAAAAAAAAUAAAAAAUAAAUAAAAAAAUAAAAAUAAAUAAAUAAAUAAAAAAAUCCGAGCCAAUUAAAGCAGCCGUGCUCCGGCAGAGCCCUGCCUCCUGCCCAA